GCUCAGACCUCCUUCAAGCAUCCACAGCUGCAGGUAUGAAUCAUUUUAAGGAGAUCCUGCCCAGAAUAAGGAAGAUUCUUUCAGGUGCUACAGCUUCUGAUGACCAUGCAUUGCUUAACCUCAUGCUGAAAGAACAUGUGAUAUCCAAGGAGUACCAUCAGGCCUUGCUCCAUGAAAAAGACAGAGAGGACCUUGCAAGGAAGAUUUCUCUGACAUUUGUGGAGAAAUGGGACCUGUAUUGGAAUACUUUGAUUCCCCACUCUUGUUUAAACCUCUGUGGCAGUAGACCUCAAAACAUUACAGAUAAUGAGCCAACAGGAACCAAGCACAUGUCUGACAGCAAGAGACAAAUCAUGGAUUCAGCAUUGGUGUGUGAAAAUGGCUAUCUUGACUUGCUGCACAGUGACAUCGAUCCAGUGCAUCUGUUUACUCUCUUAGACCCUAAGUCAUCUGGAAAUGAAGAGGGUGACUUGUUUGCAGAUUCUGAAAUUGAUGCCAACAGCUAUGAUCAGUUGAAUAGUAUGGAUUUCCUGUGUACAGUGGAAAAUGAUGAAAAUGGGGAUGAAUUAUAUCUCUCUUCCAAUGCCAGAGAAGCUUAUGCUAGAAUAGCUGAAUUAGCAGAAUAUGUGCUCAAAGAUCAGCAGGAGAAGCAGGUGGAAGACACUUUUGCAGGGAGCCUUAUUUUGGAUGAAAUGACUGCUGAAAACGCUGAGAUAUUUACUGAUGUAAAGAUGCAGAAAUGUCACAAAAGAACAUUUUUAGGCUCCGUAGAGAGUUGUGCUGAUGUUUCAGAACCCAAAUACAAGAAAAUUGUGGAUGCCCCUGCAGUGUCUACAAGGAAUGGCAGUUUCUUGGCUAUGCCUCUCAACAGCCAUCCAGCUAGCUCCACCUCGCUAACUCACCAGCACAUGUCCUUUUCUGUUCCCGCUAUCAAUGCACUGGGAAGAAGUUUUGUAAUUCCUGUUUCAGGAUCUUCAGCACCUUUGAUUCCAGAGUGUCUACCCCUUGGCAUAGACAAACAAGAGAAUAUAGACUUUGCAGAUCCUGCUCAGCAGAAAAACAAUUUUUUAAUUGGAAAUGCCACAUCAAGUAUUAUAGCAUACCCAGGCUUAGAAAUGUUCAAAGAAGUCCAAGUUCCUGUAAUUCCUUCUGAAGAACCUUUCAAAAGACCAAGGUCAGUGGAAGUUUUCUGUACAGCGCUUAAGGAUUACUUCGGAGACAUAUGCAAAUCUGUGGCCUUGGAGCGUGAAGUGACUCUUGAUCACUUGUUUAUUGAUGGUACACUCGUGCAAAACCAAAUUGAAACCAAGACUGGGAAGAACAGUGUAAAAGCAAUGGAAAAGGAGCUGGUAACUUACAGUCUACAAUGGAAGGAAAAGGCAUCACUUGAAAGAAGCCAAAUAUUUCAAAUCCCAGGAGGUAAAGAUUUAGAGACUAAAGUGAUUGUGGUGUUGGGAAAAGCAGGAAUGGGCAAAAGCAUUCUUGUACAGAAGAUCUGCCAGGACUGGUCCAAUGGAGAGUUUCCUCAGUUUGAAUUUCUUUUUUGGUUUGACUGCAAACAAAUAAGCUUGCCUGAGAAGUGUUACAGCUUGAAGGAUCUGCUUCUUGAUUUUUUUGUAAAACCUCAAGAGGGAAGCAAAGAGAUCUUUGAGUACAUAUUGCAAAAUCCUGCUAAAGUCCUUCUGGUUUUUGAUGGUUUUGAAGGGUUGCAUGACCAUGAGAAUUUUUCUCGUUGCUCAAACAGACAGCCUGACAAAGACUUGUACAGUAUAAAGGAGCUGCUUUCAGGACUUAUCCAAAAAAAGAUACUCAAUGGCUGUACUUUAUUACUUACAGCAAGACCGAAAGACAAGGUGAACCAGUACGUGUCCAAAGUGGAUAAGACUACUGAAAUAGUAGGAUUCUCUCCUCAGCAGAGAGAAUUGUACAUAACCAAAUACUUUGAAGGAUUACCCUACUGUGAUAAUGCACUGAAAUUAAUCAAAGAGAGUGAGUACCUGUUUAGUCAUUGUUACAGCCCUGUUAUGUGUAGAUUUGUUUGUUUCCUCUGUGAGACAGUACUUGAAAUGGGAGACAAAGGCCUUCCUUCAACUCUUACUACACUUUUCCUGAAAUUUGUUCAGCAAAAGAUAAUACCUAUGCAAACAGAUGUUACAGCUGUGCAAAAUCAAAAGAGCCUUGCUACACUAGCCCGUAUAGCCUGGUAUCUUGGAGAAAAGCACCAAAGUACCAUGAAAAGUGAUCUUCUUCCUUCUAAGGAAGUUAAAGAAUUUGCUCUGAAGUAUGGAUUUUUCCUGCCAUUUGCAUUCCCCAAACAUUCAGAUACUGAGGAGGAGGAAUUUGGGACCACAUUCUCCGAUUUCGUCAUUCAGAAUUUCUUAGGUGCGCUUCACCUUAUAUUAGCAGAAGACGUGAAGGAUAAAAGUCUAACAAAGUACCUGUCUUUUCCAUCCAAGAAGAAAAAGCCUUAUAACUGGUUAGAUUUACUGCCUCGAUUUUUGGCUGGAUUGUUGUUCCUCCAGGAUGAUGCCUACUUCUGCUCCCUUUCUAAUAAGGAAAUAAAACAAUCAACCAAGAAGCAGAAAACGCUCCUGAAAUAUAUUAGAAGGUUGCAGAUAAAUGACCUCUGUCCAGAGAGGUUACUCGAGCUUUUACACUGCGUAUAUGAAACACAAUACAAUUAUCUUUUGCAGCAUGUGACCUUAAGGCUCAAGCCAGACCUGUCUUUUCAGGGCAUUGUUAUUACACCACCAGAUGUUCAUGUACUGUACUCUACUUUAAAAAGGUCAAGAAAAGAGUUUUCCUUGGAUUUGCAAAACAGCAGCAUUGACAUGCAAGGGCUAAAAGACUUGGUUGGCCUGAAGAAUGUGGCAUCAUUCAGGGCCUCCCUUGGUGAUACAAUCAGGCUAUGGAAACACUUAGAACAGACAAAAGACUAUGAACUGUUGAAACUGUCAACAGAAAAAUUUGUUCUCGAUCCCUUAAAGGCAAAGACAAUGAAGGACAUCAAUGACCUUUCAGACCUUGUAGAAAUGCAGGAGAUGAUCAAUUGCAUGCAAGAUGCCUCUGGUUGCAGCAGCUAUGAAAUUCCUGCCAUAAAGAACCUGAGAAAAAUAGAGUUUGCUCUAGGUCCAGCAUACGGCCUUCAGGGAUUUCUAAAACUUGUGGAAAUUCUGCCAUCAUUUCCAACACUUCAGCAUUUAGACCUUGAUGCUCUGAGUGAAAAUGGCAUAGGAGAUGAAGGAGCAAAGAGUCUAUCUGAAGUCUUUCCAACACUGAGAUCACUGGAAAUAUUGAACUUAUCACAGAAUAAGAUAACAGAUGUGGGCGCAGAGAAACUAGCUACAGCUCUUCCUUCCUUAUCUUCAUUAACAACACUAAGCUUGUACAAUAAUAACAUUUGUGAUUUUGGAGCAGAAAAUCUUGCAGAAGUUCUUCCUGCAAUGGCAUCUUUAAGAGUGCUAGAUGUUCAGUAUAACAAAAUAACUGGUGUUGGAGCCCAACAGCUGACUGACAGCCUACGAAAAUGCCCCCACAUAAAAAACUUGCUGAUGUGGAAUCCUACAAUUCCCUAUGGAGUUCUCGAACACCUUCAGCAGCUGGACUCAAGGAUCAGCGUGUAGGUUCAGUUGUGUCCUGUAAAGGUAACAAAAAGAAGAAGGGAAGGUCUCCUCUGUGUUUUCCCAUCUUCUUGCUGCUUUAUGAAUCAGGAAUUAAAUGCUGAUUUUCAUAAUAGUGGCAAAAUGAAAAAUGUCCCAUUUAAGCUUCUGGGUGAUGCUUGAAGUGAGUGAAUGAUGGAGUUCAAGUUUUUAAAAGGUCAUUUUAUAUGCUUUUUAAAAACUCGGUUGUGCUUCCAUUGAAGUGAUGAACAGUUAAGUAACAUCAAGUUUCACAGAAGAGAAGGACAUCUGGAUAUUGCUCACCAUUAAAGGUGAACAGGAGUCACCAGCUUAUUGGUAGUAUAAAAUUCCAUCAUCGCUUCAUUGAAGUGUACACUGCAAGCUGCUGUACGUGCAACAUCUGAAGUAACAACAGAUCAAAUCUAAUUGUUUCAUGGUGCCAAUGAUAACUGCAAUUAAGUUCUCUUUGAUUUCAGGCUACCAAAGCUCAAUGUUACAGUUUUCACCUGCAAAUCUGGAUUAAAUUGAAGUAUUAGAGUCUGAAGCAUAAGUAAGAAUGACCAGUCUGAAAUUGUAAUAUUAUUGUUGCGAAUCUAGAAGUGGCUCAUUUCUUGAUGCUAAUUGCAAUACAGUCUUAAGAAAGGUAUUUUCAAUCAAAUAACUGUCUUGUUACAGAUUUCUUCAAAAAGAUUAGGGAAAAAAAGAAGAGAAAUGAAUUAAAACUGGAAGAGUAUCAGGGAUUUUUUGAUGAUAUAGCAGAAAUCCAAAUAUAUAUAAAUAGCUUCAGCUCUGCACAAAAAUCCUCAGUUUUUUACUCUGUCACAAAUGAGAACUUUAAAAGCUUUUUUUAAAUUUUAAGGAGUGAAAGAAUUUCACUCAGUGUGAGCUAUUAAGAAAAGAGAUUCUAUGUUGUCAUACUAUGUAUGUCAACUAAAGUAUAUGUGCAUGAAACUUUGAGGAACUGAAAACAAAAGUUGAACUUCUGAAAUGAACUUUUCUCAUUCAUAUACAUCAACUGAGAUUUAGUCUGUCACCUACAGGUGGCAAAUAAAUGUACAUGCAUCUAUUUUAUACUUGAAAGAGAUAUCACUACUUUGUGUUGUUUUUGUGGCCUGCUUUUACAGAGUUUGAAGAAUUAGGCAAUGAUAGGAAGUAGCAUAUUUCAAAGUGCUAAUGUAUCCAUUCUGCAGGCAUCAGUGUUAUGUGGACUGUACACCAGCCCUGCUGACUGCAAUAGCAAAACAAUUGUUUCCUCUUUUUUUUUCCUUCCUUCUUUUCUUGUACUUCAGCUCUGUGAGCAUGAAGAGAAUUUAUAAUUGUGCAGAGGCAUUUGUCAGGACUUUCACUCUGGUUCCAUGUCCACAUGUAGUCUGGAGACAGGAAAACAGUUGGAUGGUAAAAGCUAGAAGUAUUCAAUAUGCUACAGAUAAGGAAGGGAGGCUUCUGUACUUCAUUUUGCUAGCUCACCGUUAGCUCAACAACAUCCUUGAAGUUUCCUUUUGUUAGGAAGCACUGACAAUGCUGACCAAGGACCUUUGCAAAUGAAAAUCUCUCAACUCCAAAUGCUAUGAUGUGGUUCAAAAACAAUCCCCAAUCUAAACAGUUCAAAACUACAAACGAUUUCUGCCGAUCUGAACAGCCAGGAACCAGACGUGGAAGCAAUAGUACAAGAGAGCAAGGUAAAAAACACUAUGGAGAAUGUGAUUGUAACUAGGAAAUGGCAUUCUUCUUCACUACUUGCUUGGGUCUUCAAAUUCUAGCCAGAGCUGUGGAAAAAUCUCAUUCAUAUUCCCCCUCUUUAAAGCUGCUUGAAUGGGAAGUAGUUCGAACUAAAUUCAGUGUGACAUUCCCAUCAGCCUGUGACACUCCAGUCAUGCAGAGCUAUGGUGAGCCCUUGUCUCAGCUUCCUCUAGCUAACCUUUGAAUGACAAAUGCACCUGUAGGGAUAUACUCUGCAUCUAGGCUUCACUGUGACUGAAUCUAAGAAUACGCUAACAUUACAUAGGCAGCUGAAUAUUACAAGACUGUCUGGACUGCUAAAAUGGUGUUGGGUAUUCUACUAUUCUCUUAGUGGGAGAUGCGUGUUUAUAGUGUACAUAUUGUAAAUUCUGAUGCAGUGUUUUGGUUGUUUUUAUAUGAUUUUUUAAAAGUAUUAAUAAAAGUGAGUAUUUCUUUUU